GGAGGAUAUGAGCUCACGAGCGGAGACUGGGGCGGGGGUCGGGGCGCUCGGUUUGGCUGGACUGCGGGAGCCGGAGCUGGGGGUCGGGGCCGGAGAGAGCCCUAGGGAGACGCUCCCGGGAGGAAGUCCUGAGAUUAUGAGGCUCUGGCCUCUGCCAGCUGCUUGCCUGUGACUUCCUCCACCACAGUGGAACGCCCCAGGCCCACCUCCUGCCGUGUGGUCAUCUACCUACAGCGGGAGAUGUCCGGAGACACCUGCCUGGCGGGCCUGUGCCCAGCCUCAGGGUCUAAGCCCAAGCCAGGGGGCUUCAAGGGUGGUGGGAUGGGCAACAAGUAUAUUCAGCUCAACGUCGGGGGCUCCCUGUACUACACCACGGUGCGGGUGCUCACGCGGCACGACACCAUGCUGAAGGCCAUGUUCAGCGGGCGCAUGGAGGUGCUGACUGACAAGGAGGGCUGGAUCCUCAUAGACCGAUGUGGGAAACACUUUGGCGCCAUUUUGAAUUACCUCCGAGAUGACACCAUCACCCUCCCCCAGAACCGGCAAGAGAUCAAGGAGCUGAUGGCAGAAGCCAAAUAUUACCUCAUCCAGGGCCUGGUGGACAUGUGUCAGACGGCAUUGCAGGAUGAGAAGGACUUAUACCAGCCCGUGUGCAACAUCCCCAUCAUCACAUCCCCAAAGGAGGAGGAGCGACUCAUUGAAGCCUCCACUAAGCCUGUGGUAAAGCUACUCUACAACCGGAGCAACAACAAAUACUCCUACACCAGCAACUCCGACGACCACUUGCUGAAGAACAUUGAGCUCUUUGACAAACUCUCUCUACGCUUCAACGGCCGCGUGCUCUUCAUUAAGGAUGUCAUCGGAGACGAAAUCUGCUGCUGGUCCUUCUAUGGCCAAGGCCGGAAGCUGGCCGAGGUGUGCUGCACCUCCAUCGUCUACGCCACCGAGAAGAAGCAGACGAAGGUGGAGUUCCCAGAGGCCCGCAUCUAUGAGGAAACGCUCAACGUCCUGCUCUAUGAGACACCCCGAGUCCCUGACAACUCUUUGUUGGAGGCCACGAGCCGGAGCAGGAGCCAGGCUUGCCACGGUGAAGACGAGGAGGCCUCUGAAUUACGAGACCGAGUCCGCCGUAUCCACGUCAAACGCUACAGCACCUAUGACGAUCGGCAACUCGGCCACCAGUCCUCCCAUCGCGACUGACGGCACCGCAGGGCAGUGGGACCCACACGGCCUAGGUUCCCCUUCUCCCUGGUGCACCCAAACCAGCAUCACUCGUUGGGCGAGUAUACGCCUCAACCCUCAGGGCGGGACAGAGCCCCCAGAGAGGCCGAGGGGGCAGGAGGGGGAAGGACCUUCGUCAGGGGGACUGGGCCUUGCCCACCAAUGGCAUGGUUGGCCCUGUUCCCCAGCUGCCUGGUUCCCUGCCUUGAUAGCCCUAAGUCAUUGCUCUCCAGGCCACAGCCUUAAGGCCUGGGGAUCAGGCUCUUGCUGAGGAGGCGCUGAAGCAUCAGGCCUGGUGCCCUUUCAUGGAUCUUCUUGCCCUUCGCCAAAGCUUGGGGGUAGGGGUAGGGCACUGCAUCAUGGCCUGUUUCUGGGGUCAAGAAGGAGCUGAGAAUUCGGUUCCAGGGAUGGAGAGGCCCUGGGCAGUCCCCUAGGACAUUUCCAGUCACAGGUGAAGAGCAGCAGCUUUUUGUAGCCCCUUCGGAGAGGGGAAGGGGGCUGGAGACCCUCCCUUCCCUUGGUUCUCUUGGGUCAUGAUGCAGUUUCUUCAGAGUACUUUGUAUUCUUCUGCAAAAAGCUGUCAGCCCUGAUCCAUCAGAUUCUCACCAGAGAACAGAGGUUAAUCUUCCCAUGUUUUCCUUUUUUUUCCCCACACCUAAUCCUGCUCCUUCUUCCAGGAUCCAGUUCUUGAGAGAGGAAAGGUCAGUCAGGUCCCAUUUUGGAUGAAAUGAGCAAGGUGGUUGGCCUGUAGCUGUAAAAACAGACAGCAGGCUCAGACUGCCCAGGGCCUGGGAAAUCUUGAGAAAAGGCUGAAUUCUCAGGCUGCAACAGUAGCAAGUCCAGCUGGAGGAUCUGGUGACGCAGCCCCACAAACAUCGGAUUGGGUAGCAUGUUCCUUUUACACCUUCGGCCCCUUUGGCUGGGUCAUUUAGCUCAUGGAAUCUUUGCUGCUCAGGCAUGGGAAUUCAAAUGGCUUCUCUUCAGGGCUGUAGGCCUCCCUUUCCCCACUUGGUUUAGCGUGACCUUCAGAAAGUCUUUUCAGAAUUUUUUCUCAGAAGAAUGUGCCUGUUGUGAAAGAAGCCAGGUGUUUUCCAAUCAGCCCAUUCCUCUCAUCAGUCGUUCCAGCCUACAUCCUACUUCUUCAAUCAGUGGUGGUUUCUAGGAAUCCAAAGGCAGGUGGCAUUUGUUUGUUAUUCCAUUUUAUUCUUGGAAUCUCGAAUGGCACCUUCCCAGCCACCUGCCAAUUCAGGGCAGGACACCAAAGUCUGCCUUUUUUUAGCCAGUUCUGCUGAGCCCUGAGCUUGGGAUCUUUUCAAGUCUGGUCUUGAUUUCGCCAGAGCUCUCAUUGUUCCCACUCCUUUGGCCGUUGAGGUGCAACCCUUUUAACAGGAGGCACCUGUCCUUUGGCCUCGGAUUCCUAGACCAGGAAGGGAUCUGCAGCCCUAGAAUGGCCUCACCCUCUCCUCUACCCUUUCUCAUGUAGAAGUGAAGACACGUUACUGGGCAUUAUCUUAUGUUGCCCUGGCUGAGACUAUCAGAAAACUUGGUCUGUUGGCAUGACCGCUGCUGCUUUUACCCGAAACACUAUAGCUAUAGGCAAAGUAGUUGGAGAAUUUCCUUUAGAAGACACUAACUCCCCAUUCAGAAAAUAGAGACCUAUUUUUCAAGUGUUCAUCAGGAAAUCCUUAAGUCACUCAUCUCUUAGCUGUGGGAACUUUGACUUCAGCAGCCAGAGCGGAUGAAAAACACAGGUCAGAGACAAUCAGUCACUGCCUGGCUGCAGAAGCUGCCACCACGGCCCUCCCCCCUGCCCCUACUCCAGGUAGCUCUGGUGUGUUUUAUAUAGCACUUUUGAAAUGACUGUCCUAUCUUUAAGCUGCUGUUUGUGUUUGUUUUUUAAAUCGGAACUAAAUGACCUUCCCCUGACAUACACCAAGGUGUCAUGAGAGAGCUAUGGGUGUGGCAUGGUGGUGGCAGCGGCAGCAGCUCAGGGGGGAGGUAUUUUCCACCCCUAGACACUGGGCCCCAAGCUCCAGACCCCCAUUUGGGUAGUUUAACCGCAAGCCAGCUAACGGCUCAGGGUAGGCUCCCCUUCCGUCUUGUACAAUCCAGCCGUGUCAGGCUCCCAGGGAUUCUGUAGUUCAGUUUCCCUUCUCUGUCUCAAGGUCAGGUAGGCCCUUGGCUCGGUGAGGGCUUCACUUUUCUCACUAACCUUUUACAUGGCAAUAUUCCCACUCCCUGAUUAGCACAGGCAAUGGAAGCAAACACUAAUUUUUAAUAAAAUCCUGUUACACCGUA